AUGAAUCCAAGAAUCCGGGCAAGUGCUGUGGCGAUUUUAUCUGCGUUUGGUGCCCUUCUGUUUGGACUCGACAUAGGAUACAUAGCUCCAAUCUUGGAGUGUGCAUCGUUCAAACGAGAUGUGGCGCACCUCGCCGACUGGCACAGCCAUCGAUCCAAGAUCGACGACUACACUGCAGGUUUCAUUGUCGGUGUCUUCUCACUUGGCUGUGUUGUUUCCUCGCUUCCGCCAUUGAGUGCAUAUUGCUUGGAUACUUGGGGGAGACGCAGCUCCAUUAUCAUCGGCUCUGGUGUCUUCCUGCUUGGCAGCUGCUUGCAGGUGAUGGCCAACUCGAUUCCGAUGAUGUUGUGGGGCCGCUUCGUUUCAGGGCUCUCGAUUGGACUUCUGAGCACCGUGGUUUCCUUGUAUCAAAGCGAACUGGCACCUUCCACUAUGCGAGGAUGCCUUACUUCCAUAUACCAACUCAUGAUCACAGCAGGAAUUCUCCUUGCUGCAAUCAUCGACCACUACCUCGUGCACAGAGAUGAUGGCUGGCGCUGGGCAAUUUCAAUCCAGAUGGUGCCGGCUUUGGUUUUGCUGUUCAGCAUGCCGUUCAUGCCCAGAUCCCCACGGUGGCUUGUCCAGCAGGAUCGCUGCGACGAAGCGCUGGAGGCUUUGAGGCUCGUGCGGGACGAUGCUGAGGCUGAGGCGGAGCUUGCAGAGAUCAAGCUCAGCUAUGCAGAAGCCAAGGCUCUUGGCGAGCCGAAAUGGAGCGAAUUGCUGCAUGGCCGCCCGCGGCAGUUGCUGCUCAUUGGUGUCACACUGCAGAUUCUCCAGCAAAUGGUUGGAAUGAAUGCAUUCAUGUACUUUGGGCCUAGAAUAUUCGCUGAUAUUGGUUUCAGCCCGACUUUGUUUCAGACGUGCAGCAACUUGGUAAACUUCUUGGCAACCUUCCCAGCGUUGCUACUCGCAGAUGUCUGCGGACGCCGAAGUCUUUUGUGGUGGAGCGCCCUUGGCAUGACCGUAGCUUGCAUCAGCAUUGCCUCCAUUGGGAGCGGGGUCAUGGCAAGAUUUACCACUGACUUGUCCAGUGAUGUUGGCAGAUAUCUAGUAGUCAGCAUGGUCUUCUUUUUCAUCAUAAACUUUGCGUAUGGCUGGGGUCCUAUUGUCUGGGUGUACAACUCCGAGAUUUUUCCUCUGCGGUACCGAAGUCAAUGCAUAGCAACUGCUGCGUGUUCAAACUGGGUCGGCAAUUAUGCAAUCGCUCAAUGUACGCCAGUACUGCUUUGA